UUUUUUUUUUUUUAGUUCGUUUUGUUCUCACCUCUUCUCCACUUUACCUCUUUGUUUCUCAACCGGUGUUGUGUUUUGUUGUUUGUUCUUCUUCAACGUUGAGGAAGACGAUUCUCUUUGGUUGAUCCAAACGAUUUAACAGGUUUUGCUUCCGGCGGUGGUUAGAUCUGCUGAGUGAUUUUUGCUUCUCUGGCAUGAAGCGAUUACGAGAUGACGUCUAUAGUAACCCUCAAUUUAAGCGGCCAUUUGGCUCUUUACGUGGAGAAUCCUGUGGACAAUCACAAGCCCCUGGAAAUGGAGGUGGUGGUGGUGGAGUGGGAGGCAGCAGCGGAGGUGGCAUUGGUGGUAGUGCAAGUGCCCAGAAGCUUACCACCAACGAUGCAUUAACUUAUUUAAAGGAAGUAAAGGACAUGUUCCAAGAUCAGAGGGAUAAGUAUGAUAUGUUUCUUGAUGUUAUGAAAGAUUUUAAGGCUCAAAGAAUUGAUACUGCGGGUGUCAUAGCAAGGGUGAAAGACUUAUUUAAAGGGCAUCCAAAUCUAAUUCUUGGGUUUAACACCUUCUUGCCCAAAGGUUAUGAAAUAACCCUCACUGAUGAGGAAGAGGUGCCUCAAAAGAGGACAGUUGAGUUUGAAGAGGCUAUAAACUUUGUAAACAAGAUAAAGAAGCGUUUCCAAAAUGAUGAUCAUGUUUACAAAUCUUUCCUAGACAUCUUGAACAUGUACCGAAAGGAACACAAAAGCAUUACUGAGGUGUACAAGGAGGUUGCUGACCUUUUCCAACAACACCCGGAUUUGCUUGAAGAAUUCAUUAAAUUUUUGCCGGAUACUUCAGCAACAGGAUCAGCUACAAAUCCUUCUUUUGGCCGACAGCCUUUUCAUCGUUUUGAUGAGAGGAGCUCUGCCAUGCCGACCCUUCGGCCUUCACAUAUGGACAAGCAACGCUUUCGACGUGACCGGAUCAUUGGGCCUUAUGGAGAACGUGACCAUAGUGUUGAGCGACCUGAUGCAGAUGAUGAUAAGUCGACGAUAAGGAUACAUAAAGAGCAAAAACGGCGUGAAGAAAAGGAAAACAGGGAGUGGAGAGAGUAUGAUCAUGAUUAUAGAGAACCUAGUAGUGAGAACAAUGGAGAUAUAAGCAUGCAUCGUCUUAAUGAGAAAAAAAAAUCUGCCCGGAAGGUUGGAGAAUUCGGAGCAAGCAGCACUUUGGCCUCUUAUGAUGAUCAAGAUGCGUUGAGAAGUAUGUAUAGUCAGGAAUUCACUUUCUGUGACAAGGUGAAGGAGAGAUUGCGCAGUUCUGCAAGUUACCAGGAGUUUUUGAAAUGUCUUCAUCUUUAUAGCACAGAAAUAAUUACAAGAGCAGACCUACAAUGCUUGAUUAAUGAUUUACUUGGAAAAUAUCCUGAUCUCAUGGAGGGGUUCAAUGAAUUCUUGGAGCGCUGUGAGCGAGUUGAUGGCUUUCUUGCUGGCUUUGUGAGCAAAAAACCUAUAUGGGCUGAAGGGCAUACUUCAAAAUCAAUUAAGGUGGAGGAGAAAGGGAAAGGUCCAAAACGUGAAGUGGAUGGUGGUAAGGAGAAGGACCGAUUCAAGGAGAAGUACUGGGGAAAGUCCAUUCAAGAACUUGACCUUUCUAACUGUCAACGUUGCACUCCUAGUUAUCGGCUUCUUCCUGAUGAUUAUCCAAUACCUGUUGCGAGCCAGAGGUCGGAACUUGGUGCUCAAGUCUUAAAUGAUCAUUGGGUGUCUGUGACUUCUGGAAGUGAGGACUAUUCUUUCAAGCACAUGCGCAGAAAUCAAUAUGAAGAAAGCUUGUUCAGAUGUGAAGAUGAUAGAUUUGAGCUAGACAUGUUACUGGAAUCUGUGAGUUCAACUAUUAAGCGUGCAGAAGAGUUGCUAAAUACCUUGGAUAAUUAUACAAGUGGUGUAGAUGGCCCUAUCCGUAUUGAGGACCACUUUACAGCCUUACAUUUAAGAUGCAUUGAGCGCAUCUAUGGUGACCAUGGUCUGGAUGUGUCUGACAUUUUGCGUAAAAACCCAUCUCUUGCAUUGCCGGUUAUACUGACCCGCUUAAAACAGAAACAGGAGGAGUGGACAAAGUGUCGGUCAGAUCUAAACAAAGUUUGGGCCGAAAUUUAUGCUAAGAACCAUUACAAGUCUCUGGAUCAUCGUAGCUUCUAUUUCAAGCAACAAGACUCAAAGAACCUGAGCACAAAAGCGUUGGUUGCGGAAAUAAAAGAGAUGAAAGAAAAACAGCAGAAAGAAGAUGAUGUGGUCCAUGCUAUUGCAGCUGGAAAUAGACAUCCCAUAAGUCCAAACCUUGAAUUUGAAUAUGCUGAUCCUGAGAUCCAUGAAGACUUGUACAAACUCAUCAAAUAUUCAUGUGAAGAGGUUUGCUCAACGAAAGAGCAAUUAAAUAAAGUUAUGAGGCUCUGGACCACCUUCCUUGAACCAAUGUUGGGAGUUCCAUCUCACUCUCAUGGUUCAGAGGCCAAUGAAAAUGAUGCUUCCUCUAAGCAUCAUGUAGUAAAAAGUAACGGGACAAAUGGUGGUGAAAGUGAUGGAAGUCCUGGUGAUGCAGUUAUGACAAAUUUUAAGCAAUCAAAAGUUAUCUGUAAUGGAGAUACAAAUGCUUCACCACAACGAAUGAAUCCUUCUAAGACCAGCUUCCCAAAUUCAGAUGCUUUGGCCAAAGAUGAUGGGUUAGUAGUGGCCAAUGAACGGUUAACUAAUUCUGAUGCCACAGUUUUGGUACAUGGACGGUCAAUAGUGGAAUCCACUUUAGGGCGUUCUGCAAGGCCUGGUAAUGGGAACAUUGAGGAUGGUAACGGAGUCAAGUCUAAUAUGGAUGAUAUACCAUCAUCAGAGGGUGGUGAGAAUUACCGAGCUGCUGCUUUGGCAAAUGAAGGAUUUGUAGAAGGUUCUAGAAUUAAUGGAUAUAAUGAGGUUUCUGUUGAUCCCUCCAAAAAUGAAAAGGAAGAGGGUGAGUUAUCACCAAAUGGUGAUUUUGAAGAGGACAAUUUUGUUGGCUAUCCAAAUGGUGCCUCUCGAGAUGGGACCAUGCAAUACCAAAGUGGGGCUGGCAUAGAGACUAGUCGGGAUGCUGCUGGUGAAAAUGGUGGAGAUGCUGAUGAUGAGGAUAGCGAUAAUGCAUCUGUGGCUGGUGAAGAUGUUUCUGGCAGUGAAUCUGCUGCAGACGAGUGCUCAAGAGAAGAGCAUGAAGAAGAGGAAGAUGCAGAACAAGAUGAAGUUGAUGGAAAAACAGAGAGUGAAGGUGAGGCUGAGGGCACAAAUGAUGCACAUUUUGUUGGAGAUGGCUCGUCAUUGCCCUUAGCCGAACGCUUUUUGCUUGCUUCAAAGCCUUUAACAAAGCAUGUGGUGGCUGCACCAUGUAAGGGUGCAAAGAAGUGUCUGCGUGUCUUUUAUGGAAAUGACUCGUUUUAUGUGCUUUUUAGACUUCACCAAAUACUGUAUGAGAGGCUAUUGUUGGCAAAGCUCAACUCAUCAUCACCUGAUUCAAAGUGGAAAACUGGAAAGGAGAACAGUUCUGAUCCCUAUGCCAGAUUCAUGACCUCAUUGUACAGCUUGCUUGAUGGAUCUUCUGAGAAUUCAAAGUUUGAGGAUGAUUGUCGGUCAAUAAUUGGGAAUCACUCAUAUGUGCUUUUUACUUUAGACAAAUUGAUAUACAAGCUAGUCAAACAGCUUUUAACUGUUUCAAGUGAUGAGCUCGACAACAAGCUGCUUCAAUUGUACGAAUACGAGAGAUCUAGGAAACCUGAUAACUCUGUUGACUUGGUCUACUAUGAAAAUUCUCAUGUUCUCCUUCAUGAGGAGAACAUUUAUCGUAUUGAAUCUACAUCAUACCCAAGUGGAUUAUCCAUCCAAUUGAUGGAUGAUGGAAAUGAAAAGUCUGAAGUGGUGGCUGUGUCUGUUGACCCCAAUUUUGCUGGUUAUCUCUAUUCUGAUUAUCUUUCAGUAGAACAUGGAAAAAAGGAGUCUUCAUCCAUUAUGCUAAAGAGAAGUAAGAGAAAAUUUGCCAACCUUGAUGAAUUAUCUGCUGUGUGCUUGGCUAUGGAUAAUGUAGUCAUUCUAAAUGGGUUGGAAUGUAAGAUGGCUUCCAAUUCAUCUAAGAUCUCGUAUGUCCUUGAUACAGAGGAUGUGUUUAUCCGUUGUGGGAGGAAAAGGAAGGUAUCAGGUGAAAGAUUGUCAUCCCAUGACCGUGCUAGAGUAGAAAGGUUUCAUCGUCUUUUGACAUCAUCAUUAUGAUACACUGUCCUAUAAUCAAGGUAACAAUACUUGAUACGCGGUUGAAGAGGUUGACCGCGAUAGUUGCACAACACCAGAGUUGAUUCUCUCAACUGUACCAUCUUUGUCAGUUCAUGGUAAUGGCAUUUAAGCCAUUUUGUAUUGUAAAUAUGGUUUGUCCGUCAUGUUUAGAUUGUUAAUUGUAGAGUCAUGUUCAUUUUCCCGAAUCGUUUCUGGGAUCUCCAAAAACCCUUCCCCCAUUGGAUUCUUUCUGUAACUGGUUUUUUUUUUCUUCUCUUGUAAGCUAGAAGAGUUUUUCGUUUCUCUAGCAAACGUAUUGUUGCCUGCUAGAGUUAUGUAAACGAAGUACCCUUUUAUUGUUAAAAUAGUAUAGUGAAAGCUCUUAGAUUUAUAAUUUAUUUUAUUUUUUAAA